UCACAUAAAACACAAUACACUCUUUACAGAACGCGAUAUGUUGCGUUUUUUUCCAGAAAAAAAUUAUGUAUAUAUCCCCUCUUGUAGGGAGUACUGAUGCAUGAGUGAGGGAAAAGACUUUUAUUUUAAAAUCAUCCACCAUGUUAAAAUUGUGCUGAAGAUUCAUGCUGUCACUGAGGGCAGGAGAAAUUGUUCUUUAUUAAUUCUGAUCAAGGUCAAUGACUUAUCAACGAUGAAUGUAAAAGCAGGCAGUACUUUAAUAUUCGGGUCUCUGCGUCCGUGUUAUACACACGCUCGUCUGUCUUUAAGCUGUUCCUUUCGAGGUCAUGGACGAAGCGCGAGCCAAGCUCCCAAACGAGCAGAGAGGACUGGAUUUAGUCCAGCAGCAACAUCAAAAUAUGACUGGAUCGGUCCCCCAGACAGACUGUCAAACCUGCGGCCGAUCAUAUAUCACAUCCCAGAGAAUGAGACCCCGCAGGAGAGGAAGCUGAGGCGUCUAAGACAGGAGACUGAAGACUGGAACCACGAGUUCUGGACCAACCAAAACUUCACAUUUAGCAAGGAAAAGGAAGACUAUGUGAGAUCACAACUGUCAGCUAAAGGAUUGUCAGAGAGAGAUGAGGACGGAAGGAAAAGGACUUUAAGCAUCGAGGAAAUGGCAGUAUUUUACAAACACUUUUUAGACAAAAACAUUGGAAAACAUGCCAGUUAUAACAGGGAAUGGUAUAGACGGAACUUCACCAUUACACUUCUGAUGGCGAAGGUAGCUCUAGACAACACAUGGAGGACACUGACUGGACAGACGAGGGGAAGCGGACGAGAGCAAAGCAAAACUACAUGAAAUGCAAAUAAAGACACUGCUGAUUUGG